AUGGAUGGGGAGAGUGGUCGUGCGAGGGCGAUAUCCGAUGCUCAGCCCCCACUGUCACCGGGUCAGAACCGAGAUGCCAGCGAUACGGACUAUAUCUCACCCACGAGAACCACCGGUGCCGAUGAGGGUGGUGCCCGGCAACGUAGCUCGUUUGCCUCAAGACGCAGUAGUGAGAGCAGAGUGCCCAGUUUGGCUCCCCGCACUACUCUCGCGGAGCGUACGCAGGGUAGGUUCACCCUAGCUGGGCCGGAUGAGACGCCCCAGCUGCGUUCGGCUCAGGAGCCCUUCGUCCAGCCGGGCUAUGCGGAUCUGAAUCCAUCUUAUGAACAGCCGUCCAACACCAGACCGGUCUGGUCACUGGCCAAGCCGUUGCCACGUGUGGUGCGGCCAGGAAUGGUGCCGACCAAGCAAGAGCUCUUGCAGAACUUAGCAAAUGCCCAGCGUCCCACGGAGAACUCGGACAGACUCAAUCUCGACGUCGACGCCAAUGAUAUCGAGCAGGGUCGCAUUGAUAAGACCGCUGACCCGCGGAAGAUGAACGCGCAGGUCGACGAUGCUCGUUUGCAGCGCGAGACCAAUUUUAUGAAUAAGAUACUCUCCGGUGAUGGGAACUCUGUCAGACAGACAUCGCGCUUGUCGCGCUCCAUGUCGGUCCGGCGAAGACGGCCUACGAUCGGGGAUAUGACGCAAGGCCAACUGUCGGUUGUACAGGAGGGAGAUUCCCAGCAUGACCAGGAACCAGGGGAGCGGCCGGAGGUCGGUGACGAACCACUAGGAGGAGAUGAAGACCUGGGUGCGACGCUGGAACAAAUUUUGAGUGCCCAUGAACUAGAAAAGUCAGGUUUCCCCGACGACAUGCACCCGCUCGUGCAGGAUUUGAUCGAAGAUGAAGUGCAUAACAACCACACCGUCUGGUCUGUUAUCCGUACACACCACCGUGAGGCUUUCGCUGAGGCCCUAGGUGUAUUUGUUCAGCUCACCCUAGGUUUAUGUGUCGACCUGUCUGUCACUAUCGCCAAUCAGGGUAACCCCAACACUACCUCCUGGGGCUGGGGCCUAGCAACUAUGAUGGGCAUCUACAUUUGUGGUGGUGUUUCCGGUGCCCACCUGAAUCCUGUUGUUACUAUGGUACUAUGGUUCUUCCGUGGUUUCCCUAAGCGCAAGAUGCCUGAGUACUUCGCCGCUCAGUUCUUAGCCGCCUUUUUAGCUGGUCUUGCUGCGUAUGGUAUCUAUUACCAAUCCAUUCAGAACUACCUCCACCUCAAUACAGAGACCGGCAUCAUCAAUAGCUUCGUGACCAAUUCACGUGAGGCAUGGAUUGGUCCUGGGACAGCGUUCUUCAACGAGUUUAUGGGUACAGCCAUUUUGAUCGUCACCGUCCUGGCUCUUGGUGACGAUCAGAACUCUCCACCCGGCGCUGGUAUGAAUUCGCUGAUCAUCGGGCUGGUCAUUACUUGUCUGUUGAUGUGCUUUGGCUACCAAACCGGGGCGGCACUCAACCCGAGUCGCGACUUUGGUCCUCGACUUGCGCUUCUGGCUGUGGGUUUCCCCAAUACCCUGUUUACUGACCCAUUCUGGUUCUAUGGACCUUGGGCUGGGACUCUAAGCGGUGGGUUUUGUGGCGCCUUCCUAUAUGACUUCUUCAUCUUCACCGGUGGUGAGUCGCCUAUCAACUACCCACUCGAGCGCACCCAGCGUGCCAUUACCAAGAGUAGAAUGAAGUGGAAGCGUCGACUGCAUCUGAACUAA